AUGUCUGCUCGGACGUAUGGUGUAUUGCAAAUGCAACUCCAGCAAAAAACGCGAAUUUUUGCUCCUCUAUUUUCGUCAUUGGAGUCCCUCAGAGCCUGCGAUCACAAUCAUAGUUAUAGACCGCCGCACCCCCGACACGGAUUCUGCACAGAACAAUGCCUCAUCAGAAGAGGUGAUGCAGUUAUCAUCCACAAUUCCCUCCUGUUCCUCGAGCCUAUGAUUGCAUUUGUAUCACCCCGAAUACAGGUUCUGCCAUUCGAUUCCACCUGUCUACAACAUAUGGCUCGUACAAGGAACUUUGCACCCUCGAUUUUCCCAUUUCUGGGUCCCCUUCGGCCAUUUAAACACCUGUUCUCUUAUCAGUUGUACGCCAGCACACUCCCAAUUACCAUCCGUACCAAGACCCAUCCCAUUGGGUGCUCUCAUUACGUUUCCAAGGCAGAGAAGGUGGACAGCGUGGAGGUGAUAUGCGAGGAAUAUCGCAUGGAGUGUGCGCGCAUUGAAGACGAAGCGGAACAGAAGAGGAAGGCAAUUUGGAUGGAAGGCCGGGCCCAAGCUCAAGCAGAAGUUCAAGCACUGGUAGCAGAACUUCGAGCAGAAAGGGAUCGAUUGCAAGCGAAACUAGCCGAGUUGGAGAGCCGUUGA